AUGGCUGCCAAUCAAAACUCCAUCCAAGGGCCAGCAGCCAGCAACGGCAACGCCUCACGCCUGGACUCAGAAUUCCAACUUGUCUCCUCAUUAGCAAAGCUGCAAGAGCUUGAGCGAAAAAUCCAUGAACUGCGCCAAUUCAUGCCACAGGGCCUAUUGGAGCCACUUGUGCCAAUUGCAAAUCCAAACAAAGCAACUGUGAACAACCCAGUUGCGGAAACGCCUCGGGUCCUACGAGCUAAUUUGGAUGAGACGGCACGUGCGCGCGUCGCAGAUGUUCAGCAUUUCCAGUCCUUGUGGCGAGACCCGGAACUAAAAUCUGUCUGGGACCAUGUCGAGUCACGUAUCAAUGAAUCUAAUGGGCAGAUGAUGCAGCCCACCGGAAAAUGGGAGAGAGAUUACGAUGUUCUUUUGAAGGAAUUAUCUCAGGAAGAAAACUCGAAAAUUGAACAGCGCCAGCGAGAAGACGAGGAAGCUGAACGAGCUACAGCCCAAUCAGCUGAUGGAGAAUGGCAAAAAGUACUGGAGCGGUUCACUGAGCGCGGUGUGCCAGGCGUACGGGUCAACGCAGAAAAUGGUGCAGACUCUCUAGCCGUGGCACUCGUCAGGGUGGGCGUCGUCUUCUUGCUUAAAGGGAUUCCUGGACCUGGAACCCCGGUCUCUGAAUGGGAGGUUUCGAUUCAGACUGGGAGUCGAGCACUGACGAAAAUGGAAAUUUCUAUAUUGGAUUGCGUGGGUUCUCGUCCUCGGAAAUGGGAUCUUACUUUCUUGCUGGACAUGGUUUCUUCCUAUGCAGAUAUCAAGCAAACGCCAUGUGUGAAGUGCACCCGGCUAACCAAUGAUGGAGCUCAACUUCCAACUCUCCGCCGUCCUCAGCCGAAUCAACAGUUCGCUGAAGGACAACCACGCAUAUAUGCAUUCGAUGCAUUGCACUCUGGUUGUGCUUGA